GGACUCGAAAGCUGCUUUGGAUAAUAUGACAGUGGCUCAAAUGCAUCGCUCUAUUGUUGAGCUUAGUCAGCAGAAAGCAUCUGGAAGAAGGAAUCUGAAGCAGCAAGCUGUCAUGCAAAAUGUUGAAUCUGGUUCGGAUAAAAAUGAAGUUGUUGCUCUGAAUGGCAAUGGAUUCAACUCUCCAAUGUCAAAACCAGAUAGUACUCCUAGCUCAUCCCGUUUCUCUUGGAUCAAGUGCUGCAGUGAUUUGAUAUUCAAACAUACCCCUGACAAGGCUCAAAUGAAGCCUGAAGAAAGAUCUUUGAUAUCUGAUCAUGCAGAUGGAUGUUUGACACUAGCUGGAAGGAAAAGGAAAGUUGACAACAUACCUUCAAAUGGCACUAAAAAUAGUAGGCAAAAGAAAGAUGCUUCUGUAACUGCAGAGGACUGUACUCUCUGCGCAAAUUCCAUUGAACCAAAUACAGUGCUGGAUCAGCCUGCAUUGAUGUCAUACAAGCAAAUUCAAGGAGGUGCUGAUGAGUCCAAUGUUUUAAUUGUUGAUAGAGCAGUUGAUAUUUCUGAAGUAGCUGUAGUUUAUGUAAAAAAGCUGUAGAUGAUUUUUCCAAUCUAAGAAAUAUUCAUGGAAGUGCUACAGGAAAUAAUGGUAAAUCCAGAGAAGCAUUUUUGGUGCAAAAAGAACAUAUGGGGAAUGUUUCUCAAGUUACCAAGCCCUCUCGGAAAAAGGAAGACAAGACAGGAGAAGUUGAACAGAAAUUUGUAGAUGAUGCCGCUGCCAAACCAGGUGAGAAUGAGAAAACCGAACUGAGGGUAGUUGUAGUAGCAAUAUAACU